GUUGACUCCUAUGACAUCACUGUGGAUGAAGAGCUGGGAGAGAUCCAGCUGGUCAGAAUCGAGAAGCGCAAGUACUGGCUGCAUGAUGACUGGUACCUGAAGUAUGUCACACUGAAGACACCCCAUGGAGACUACGUGGAGUUCCCCUGCUACCGCUGGAUCACAGGAAACAGUGAGAUUGUGCUGCGGGAUGGUCGAGCCAAGCUGGCUCGAGAUGACCAGAUCCACAUUCUGAAGCAGCACCGGCGCAAGGAGCUGGAGACAAGGCAGAAGCAGUACCGGUGGAUGGAGUGGAACCCAGGCUUCCCCUUGAGUAUAGAUGCCAAAUGCCACAAAGAUUUACCCCGUGACAUCCAGUUUGACAGUGAAAAAGGCGUGGACUUCGUCCUGAACUACUCCAAAGCGAUGGAGAACCUGUUCAUCAACCGCUUCAUGCACAUGUUCCAGUCUUCCUGGCAUGACUUUGCUGACUUUGAAAAGAUCUUUGUCAAGAUCAGCAACACCAUUUCCGAGCGUGUCAUGAAGCACUGGCAGGAGGACCUCAUGUUUGGCUACCAGUUCCUGAAUGGCUGCAACCCUGUUCUCAUCCGGCGCUGCACACAGCUGCCCCCGAAGCUCCCAGUGACCACGGACAUGGUGGAGUGCAGCCUGGAGCGGCAGCUCACCUUGGAGCAGGAGAUCCAGGAGGGCAACAUCUUCAUCGUGGACUAUGAGCUGCUAGAUGGCAUUGAUGCCAACAAAACCGACCCCUGCACACUCCAGUUCCUGGCAGCACCCAUCUGCCUGCUGUACAAGAACCUGGCCAACAAAAUUGUGCCCAUUGCCAUCCAGCUUAACCAAACCCCAGGAGAAGAGAACCCCAUUUUUCUCCCUUCCGAUGCAAAGUACGACUGGCUUUUGGCAAAAAUCUGGGUGCGUUCCAGCGACUUCCAUGUCCACCAGACCAUCACCCACCUGCUGCGCACACACCUCGUGUCGGAGGUGUUUGGCAUUGCCAUGUACCGCCAGCUGCCUGCUGUGCACCCCAUUUUCAAGCUGCUGGUGGCCCACGUGCGGUUCACCAUCGCCAUCAACACCAAGGCCCGUGAGCAGCUCAUCUGCGAGUAUGGCCUCUUUGACAAGGCCAACGCCACAGGCGGCGGUGGGCAUGUGCAGAUGGUGCAGCGGGCCAUGCAGGACCUGACCUACGCCUCCCUGUGCUUCCCCGAGGCCAUCCGGGCCCGCGGCAUGGACAGCGCCGAGGACAUCCCCUACUACUUCUACCGUGACGACGGGCUGCGGGUGUGGGAGGCCAUCCACAGCUUCGUGGCUGAGGUCGUGGACAUCUACUAUGAGAGUGACCAGGUGGUGGCAGAGGACACAGAGCUGCAGGCCUUUGCCAAGGACGUCUAUGUGUAUGGCAUGCGGGGUUGCAAGGCCUCAGGUUUCCCCAAGUCGCUUCGGAGCCGCGAACAGUUGACUAAAUACCUGACUGUGGUCAUCUUCACCGCAUCCGCGCAGCACGCAGCUGUCAACUUUGGGCAGUACGACUGGUGCUCCUGGAUCCCCAAUGCGCCCCCUACUAUGAGGGCCCCGCCCCCCACAGCCAAGGGCGUGGUGACCAUCGAGCAGAUCGUGGAAACGCUGCCAGACCGUGGCCGCUCGUGUUGGCACCUGGGCGCUGUGUGGGCACUGAGCCAGGUGCAGGAGAACGAGCUGUUCCUAGGCAUGUACCCUGAAGAGCACUUUACCGAGAAGCCCGUGAAGGAGGCCAUGGUCCGCUUCCGCAAGAACCUGGAGGCCAUCGUCAGUGUGAUCGCAGAGCGCAACAAGAACAAAAAGUUGCCCUAUUACUACCUGUCCCCGGACCGGAUCCCCAACAGUGUGGCUAUCUGAGCUCCCUCCGGGAAGACCAGCUGGACACCAGCGCCGCUUUCACUCCAGACUUCUCCAGGCUGUUGUGGGACAGAAAAGCUUCAGUGCCUCUUUCUGCUUUGUCCACAAGCCCUGCAGGCCUCAGGCAGAGGCAUCUAAGCAGCCUCUGACCCACACCCAGCUCAGUAAGCGGCCUACAUGCUGGUAACAGCCUAACAGGGUAACUGGCCUUUUCUUACUAGAGAUGAGGGUGCACCUCCUGCUCUACUUAAUGGUUAAUCCAAUUUCAUACCUGUAGUUAGGUGCCCAAAUAAAUUCCUGUUG